ACCGCAGUAGCUCUAAGAAACAAAACUCCCACACACGAAUGGACCCUUGAAACCGUGGACGGCGAGGUGUAGCCUGCUAAUACUUGUGCACAAAGCAGUGUCAGCUAGUAUGCUGCGCUCUUGGCUCUUUUUCCUUUAACCGAUUCUCCACCAGUCUAAACCAACUCUAUCCAUGAAUAUAUUCGUGCCUCUAAUACUGGCAGCUAUUCUAUACAUUCAGUCUGCCCCAGCCUUUUCCAACGUCCUUCACUACAGACCACACGGACCUGGCAGGCCAGACGGGCUAUUGAAUUGGCUACAGCCGCCACGUCUUCAAUCCUAUCCCACGCCUACACAGUCCACAACGCUGAUUUCUUGCUCAGAGCUGCGUCAAAUUAUCAUACGCAACGGAUACACUGCUGGCGAUGACUUAGAGGCACACUGCCAAAUUCUCAACCGUGACGCCUCGCGUCUGGGCCGGAUCCAGACCCGAACUGAGCUCGCCAUGUUUCUUGCCCAUGUGCUGCUCGAGACCGGCGGAUUAACGCAGUUUGAAGAGCACGCAGCACUGGUGGACCAGCAGGCUGCCGCACGCUAUGCAAGCCCUCUUGGUCGGAAAGACAAAUACUAUUUUGGCAGAGGAUGCUUACAGCUGAGUUGGCCUGAAAACUACAAGGACGCGUCGCUAGCACUGUAUGGCAAUGGUAACAUUUUGAUCGAUGAUCCCGACUGGGUAGCCCGCGACAUUAAUGUGGCAUGGGCGACGGCGUUUUGGUAUUGGCGUGAGCGCGUCCGCGUUGUGUCUGGUGUGAUCGACUCAAUGGACUUUGGAAAGACCAUUCGUGCCAUCAACGGCCAAAUUGAAUGCAGUGGCCUGGAUGCUACUGCACAGAAGCGGUUUGAAAUAUACUGGAACAUCCUCGCUGUCUUUGGUUUGCCUCAGCCUGUACAUCGCAAUAUCUCCUGCUAGAUGAGGUGACAGAUAAUAGCAUUCUUGCUGC